ACAAAGUGUCACACACAAAAUCUGUUUUUAUUUUUAUAAACAAUUUAAUUGUAUUUAUACGUUUCAACUGCAAAAUGCCACGUGCAGUAAAGUCAAAAGCUGCGCCGGCUAGAAAGCCCAAGGGCAAGCUGUAUGCCAUGCCAGAGAAGCUAAAGGAGGGCACUGUACUAACGGAUCUAGCCAAAGGGCAAUGGCGUAUUGGUCCCUCCAUAGGCAUAGGAGGCUUUGGUGAAAUCUAUGCAGCCUGUCGCAAUGGCGAAAAAAACUAUGAUGCUGUGAUUAAAUGCGAGCCGCAUGUAAAUGGCCCACUUUUUGUCGAGAUGCAUUUCUAUCUGCGAAAUGCGAAAUUAGAGGAUAUUAACCAGUACAAGCACCAGCGCGGCAUCAAAACACUGGGAAUGCCUCAUAUGCUGGCCCAUGGCUCUGUUGACAUAAAUGAGCAGAAGCAUAGGUUUGUAGUUAUGCCGCGUUAUGGCAGCGAUAUAUCCAAAUUCGUUGAACAGAAUGGCAAGCGUUUACCCGAAGCCACUGCCUAUCGACUGGCCAUACAAAUGCUGGAUGCAUAUGAAUUUAUUCAUAACAAGGGCUACGUUCAUGCGGAUCUCAAGGCAGCCAACAUCUUGCUCGGUUUGGGGAAAGGCGGCGGCGCGCAGGCGUACUUGGUGGAUUUUGGUUUGGCUUCACAUUAUAUUACAGGCGUCUUUAAACCUGAUCCGAAGAAAAUGCACAAUGGCACCAUUGAGUACACAUCGCGUGAUGCACAUCAGGGCGUGGCAACACGGCGUGCAGAUUUGGAAAUCUUGGGCUAUAAUCUUAUCGAAUGGUUAGGCGUGGAGUUGCCUUGGGUUAAGGACAAGCUGCUUACAGUGCCGGCCAAGGUGCAAAAAGCUAAGGAAGCGUUUAUGACGGAUGUAAGCGCUGCAUUAAAACCACUUUUUCCCAAGGGCGUACCAGCAGCCAUAGCUGAUUUUAUAAAGUAUGUUGCCAAGCUGGCACAUAAUGAAGCUCCAGAUUACGACAAAUGUCGCUGUUACUUUCUCAAUGCGCUUAAGCAAAUGAAAGUGGCGAACAGCGGUGAUUUGGACUUCAAGCUCAAGGCUACCAGCAACAACAAUAAUAACAGUUCACCUGCCAAGAAAGCAACUCCGCGUGGCAGGGCCAAAACUAAUAAACUGUUGAAAGCUGAUUCAUCAGCGGAUGAUAUCAUUAUGUCUAGCGAAGACGAGAAGGAGGAUGAAGCAUUUAAACCAAGCAGAAAGUUAUCUGCACGAGCAGUUGCUCAAAGUAGAAUUUCACCACGCCUAAAUGGUGCGAAAGCUGUUGCUUCGCCCAAAAAACGUGUUGCCCCUGCAACGCCAACGCCAAAGGCAGCAAGUCCCAACAAACGAGCAAGGCUGGAGCCUGAUUUAACACCCAAGACACAUGGCAGCAGUGCUAAAUUGAAUAGUCCAGCGCUGUCGCUACGUGCUGCCAGGUCCGGCAAGACCACCAUCAAUAACGAUCUCACUCCACAAGCGCGUCCCCACAAAACCUACGAAUUUAAUGUUGAACUGGAUGUUAGCUUGGAUGCAAAUGUUAUUGUAAAUGUCAGGCGCAAGAAGAAAGGUUCAAGCGAUAAUAAAAAUGGCACACCAAGCAACAAAACAACAUCAGCAAGUAGCGUUAGAACACCCAAUGCUGAAACGCCAACCAGGAACGUUAAUGUGCGCAAAGUGGCUAGUGGAAAGUCUGGUAGCUCGCCAGGCUCAGGAUCAACGCGUAGUCCUCGAACACCUGCUGUUACCGUGCGCAAGUACAGGCAUUAAUUUUCUAAUUUACUACACACAUACAUUCGUACAUAUACCUUUGUUAGUUUAC